GGGCCGUCCAUCACUGUAUCAUCAUCACUCCCUACUGUGCCGCGCGUAUGUGUGUGGUGGACUCCCCUUCACACAUUAUUAAUCUCUCCUCUCGCAUACUCUCUCUGUUAUAACACCCGUCUUACAUCUCACGACUUACUGUUGUUGUCCUUUUCAUUCAGCACGGCAGUACGUCAGUACUGUCUUUCAUAUUCUUGCGCAACCCUUCGGACUGAUCUCCUUUUGUUCUACACACUCACGAAUUUCCUCUUGUAUUUCCACUUCUCUCUGGGAUAUCUCGACCCAAGUCUCAAAAUGUCGGGCGUUCAGGGACAGGUUCUCAGCCACAUCGUCCGUCGCGGCGUUCAGCACGUCGUCUCGUCGGAUGCCUACCAGCGUCUUCAGCAAGAUGCUGAAGUCUACGAGGAUGCCGGUUCAGACGCCAAAGUUAGCCCUCUGGAGUUGAUUCCAGUCCUCGUUACCAUCUUGGUCUUGGUCUUGAUCACAUCUUCCAUUCAGUACACCGUCGGAAGCGUCGUGGCCUCGUUGACCAUGAUCGAAUCUCCUGCCACUACUGUCGCCGCCGAGGUCUCGCUUCCUGCCUACUCCGAUGAGCCAGAUGCACCGCUCAUCAAGGAUGACCUUCUCCCAUCGGAAGCUGUCGCCGACAUCGAGGUUGCUCGCAUGCAGCAGACCCCGGUCACUGCUUCGGUGAGAUCGACUAUCCGACUCCUCCGUACUAAGGCUGGCUUCUGGUCGCGCUGGAGAGGUCUCCGCGUGAGCAUCGUCUACCACGCACUCCACAGCUAUGGUGUCAACGCCUCGAUGCGCUGGUUCGGAAUGAAUCCCAUUACACACGCCAUUGCCCUCAUCUUCUUCACCGUCGGCUUCUCGCUUCUGCACAUGACUUGGACUCACACCAUGAUUUCUAUGCCAUCUCAGAAGCCAUUCUGGCGACGCAUCGUCUCUUACAAAAAUGCUCGACCGAUCAUCCUGCCCAACGUGGUCUUGGCCGCCGCUCAACUGGCGACUUACUACCUGCCCUUCGCUGUCGCCACCCUCGUCGAUCUCCCCGACUUGAGCCGUCACCGCGCCGCCGACGUUAUCGGAGGUGAAGACGUCCACUCGAUCGCGGCGGCCAUCCUUCGUAUGCGCUUCAUCGCCGUCCCUGCCACCUUCGUACUCGUUGCCUUCUGCGUCCUCCUACCCGCCACCGUCACCCUGACCCGCAUUGAAGCUCUCCUCCUCCCCGAGGGUGAGGACACCAUCGUGCCGUUCGACCGCCAGGCCAUCCUCGCAGACGUGGACAUGACCAAGCGCGGCCAUGGACGCGCUCUGUUCGUCGCUGCAUGGCGCUCCUUUGACGCUGCGGCUCGCAUGAGACUCAUCAAGGUCUACGCCAAGAUGGCCGCCAUGCAACUUGCUGUCGUCGCCAUCGGUGGGUUCGUCAUCUUCCUGCAGUUGUACUUUAUCGGUUUCGACAGGCUUGCAUUGGUGGCGACGAGCGGCAUCGCCCAGUUGCAGCUCAUGUCGAUCGAGAACUAAAUGCUGCUUUUAACGAUGACUCCAGAGUGUCAAGAAGCGAAACCUCUCUUGGGUUUUCGUACAUGGGGUGAACGGUCCGAAAGGGAUUCUUCUGACCGCUCAUGCUUGCGUGUAAUUGGAGUUUUUGCGCCUUUUGCUUCCUGAUGCUAUGUAAUUUUAGAGGCC